UUUUAAGAUGAACAUAUGCCAGGUGUAGACAAGAAGAACUGAAUUGCAACCCUGUCUUUGCUUAGGCCAUGUUUCACAGAAUACAACCUAUUUUUAAUAAACUACUUUGGAUUCUAAAUUAGACGAUUCUUAUUUAAACGAAUUAUAAUUAGGCCAUUUUUUAAUUAAGUGAUACUUCCAAGGCAAACGUUUAAUUCCAAACAAUCUUGCCUAGGUUAAGAAACCGUGACGUCGUUCUCUUUCACCAGGAUAGGAUAUCCGCUUUCGCCGGAAGUCCUAUAUUUGGCGUUCGUGUAGCAGGAGAAAUGGCCGCUUACAUUGUAUUUGGCUAGCUAGCUCAUCCUUGCGUUUGCCGUAAGAAUUUCUGUAUAUGUCUUUUGACAUUUCGAAUUUUGGGGCUUUUAGGGACUGCGCAUUUGCCCACAGGAAGGUGUUCAAAUGUUAUGAGGUUGCUCUUGCGGAGCAGUUUGGUUCACCGAGGCACCAUACCGCAGAAGGGUAGUAGUCCUAACAGCUAGCUCGUCUGCUCACUUGCCAGCUCGCUGCUUUCCGUUUGCGCGUUAAUGCGGCCGGCGGCUCCGUUCGUCCUCAGCUAGCGCGCGCCGAGCCUCCCAGGACACACCCGCUCCCACCGUACAGCCGCGCGUCGCGAGUAAGCGUCGGUCGAGCGUGCCACGCCUCGAUGCCCGAGCCAGGCCCGAGGAUGAACGGUUUCUCUCUCGGCGAGCUGUGCUGGCUGUUCUGUUGCCCGCCCUGCCCGAGCCGCAUCGCGGCCAAGCUCGCGUUCCUGCCACCGGAGCCGACGUAUUCGGUGCGCGCCGACGCCAGUGGCGCGUGCGCGCUGCACCUGAGCGAGCGGGCCGACUGGCAGUACUCCCAGCGCGAGCUGGACGCCGUGGAGGUGUUCACCACCCGCACCGGCCGGGGGAACCGCCUCGGCUGCAUGUUCGUCCGCUGCGCCCCGAGCAGCCGCUACACGCUGCUGUUUUCCCACGGCAACGCGGUGGACCUGGGCCAGAUGUGCAGCUUCUACAUCGGCCUGGGCUCCAGGAUCAACUGCAACGUCUUCUCCUACGACUACUCCGGCUACGGAGUCAGCACCGGGAAGCCGUCCGAGAAGAACCUGUACGCGGAUAUAGAAGCGGCGUGGCAGGUGCUCAGGACCAAGUACGGCGUGACCCCGGAGAACAUCAUCCUUUAUGGUCAGAGCAUUGGCACGGUGCCCACAGUGGACCUGGCAACCCGCUACGAGUGCGCUGCUGUCAUCCUGCACUCGCCCCUCAUGUCCGGCCUGCGUGUGGCGUUCCCGGACACGCGCAAGACCUACUGCUUCGACGCCUUCCCCAGGAUAUUACAGGACUGCGUCUCCUCCCGUGAUCUGUGACCAGUUCCUUUCGGAUGAAGCCAGAUUAGAUUACUGUGCUUUAAUUCAGGUGUCUAUGAAGGAUAUUCCUUCUGAUCGCGCAAAUAGUCCGAUCAUUAUUAGGAUUUUUAGGCCGUGCACCGGCAGAGAAAAUCUUUUGUGCAGGUUCGUUCGUCUCCGCGUGGACGUCAAAUAACAGCUUCACUCGUGCCUUUGGGUUGUGAGACUACAGUAGAGAAAGGGUGGGAGAGAGAGAGAGAGAGAGAGGGAGAGGGAGAGCGAGAGGAUGAAAACGUGGGGAGUGGAUGAGAAAAUUUCAGCGUGCAGGCGGCUGCCCGUGGCUGUGGCUCAUGAGGCCCUUAACCCCUACCGAUCCUGCAGUAAGAAAAAGCAAGAAAUGGACCCCGGAACUGUGGACGAGCCCAGACGCGAACCGCGGGAUGGUGGGAGGAGAAGGCACGAGCCCCCGGUGUUGUGGCUGGGAUUCCAGCCCCUGCUCCACGCCGCUGCCCAUGGACGGGAGCUUUCCAGGGGCCUUUUUUGUUCCUUUCCUCAGUCAUCCUGGCCUGAUGUAUGGGGCAGAGCAGGGCCAAGCAGAGCCCUGUAAAGCAGCCACGCAAGAGUAAUGGGAGAAAUGUGGGUGCUAGGCAAAUGCAGAAAGGUAACUGGACCAGGUAUUUCCAUCCCUGAGUGGAGCCACCGUGUCCCUUAGAGUAAAAAACAACUGUCUGAAGGCUGUUGUCUUCCAUGGGAGUCUGUCCGCGCUGAUAGGUUUUCCAGUGGUUGUUUUUCGAAGUCAACUGCUGUCAGGAAUCCUCUGGUCUUCCUGAUAAAUAGCCGACCCGAUCCACGGCUUUGCACGGGGUGAGCACGCAGGCUCCGCCCAGGACUCCGCCUCUAGCGGCUGCAUGCGCCAUUCAGGGCUCCCCGACUCCCAACUCAGGAACAUUCCUUCAUUUGUUUACUCCUUCCUUAAGAUGUAAACGUCCUCCUGAAACAUGGAAAAAUAGCCCACGUUUCUACAGCACUGCUGUAGGGACCUUGGCUAACUGGGGCCUGACCACUGCCAUUCUUGUUUGGAUUUUCUUGACCCUUCAAACAGAUUGAAGGUUUCAUUAUAUUGCAGAGCUGCUCUAGAAUAUAUUUAGUUGCUUAAGUUUUGAUUGGCCGGGUCUGGGGCAUUGGGGCAGGGAUGGCUGAAGGGAGGGGCAAAAUACGACACCUGUACUUUGUGAUGGUUUUGACGAGCACCGUGUUUGAAGCCUGUGCAGUGAGAGCACGCUAAUGUCUGACAUACCCGGACCCCCUCACGCUCCGCUGGCGUCUGACGUACCAGACUCGGGUGAUGCUUCACCGAUGAAGGUGAGGUCCCUGCUUUCUCUCCCUGUUUGCCACUUUGAAGCGCGUUUCAGUGCGUUCGCCGACGGCUCUGACGCGUUAAACACGUUUGAGCAAGUAUUUGGACCGUCUGUCAGGUUUCGAAUACACAAGGCUGCACCAUUCACGAUUAGUUCAAAUUCUAUCGCUCCUAAAACUUUAGUGGUCUGUGCUUGUGUCACACGGCAGGUUAUUUAGCGCUCCGUCUGUGAACCGAGUCAACAGAACCAGCUGGUGGGGUCCACACACACACCCCUCCUCUCUCUUCUUUAUUCUCUCUCUCUCUGUAUGGAAGUGAGCGUUAAUGACUGCUGUAGGCCUACUCUGUUGUAAUCAAAGGCUUCUGCACACAUACCCCCUCCUGUUGUUCUCACUGUUUUGAUGGAUGUACAGCAGCGAGGGAAGACUGCUCUGCCACCCACUUGUCUGUGCUGGUCUCUCCUCAUGGCAGCUUCAUUAUAGUAGCCUCAGUAUGAACUGAAGUGUCCGUGUGUGUGUGUGUGUGUGUGUGUCCGUGUGUGUGUGUCCACACCUAUCCAGUGAUGUCGACGGCCAAGGUUUCCACACUAGGGAAAAUCUUCAGUGCGCCAGGACACCUCAGUGUUUUGAUCAGCCCGGAGGCCAAUGAUAUGUGUUGGUUUAGAUUCCAAUUGAAAAACACUUUUUUGGACCUGAAUUUCGGCAAAAGAUCGCCGAUCCGCCCCAUCCCCUGUGCCCAAGACACGGCCUCGCUGAUGCACUGUUGAGAAACAGCUACCAUUUACAACUUCACAAACAGCACAGACGUGCUGUCAUGUUGGUUGGAUGGUUCCCUUUUUACACAACAGUAGGUUUUAAGGUCACUGAACGUUUUGAACCCCUUGCAGUUGCAGUAACGCGCACACACAUGCCGAACAAAACAGCACGGCAAUGCAGCUGCACAUAUGUUAACAGAUACUGUAGAUGUAUAAAUUCUAGAUAUCGUAAAAAUUUUACAUCUAUGUCAAAAGUAGAAUUCCUGUAAUUCCCUCCCUGCCCCCCAAAAAAACAUGCGUUGUUUUUUCUGAGAAGCUCCGAGAGAAGUUUUCUGAGAAAAGCCCAUCUCUGCUGAGUGCUGUGUGUGUUGUCGGCAUUUGGGGUGUGUAUUCAUCCAAUCGGCAUCCACUGUUUGCUCGUCAGCCUGAGAGGUGUGCCGUGACCGUCCCAGCGCGCUGCCGCAUGCAGGAUGCGGCUGGAUUCAAGGUCAGAUGCGCUGCUCCGGAGAGCCGCAUCCUGGAUGCCAAGCAGCGUUCUGAAGCGCGGCCAAAUGCAAAGCUCAGAGGCGUGCGCGCGCGCGCGGUCAAGUGCCAUGAAUGGACAGUCAGCCAUAUGAAAGUGGAAAACCAGAGAGAGAGGGGAACCCUGGAAGACUUUUAGGCCGCCUGGCCAGAGUGGCUAUGGAAAGAAACAUGGGCCUUCACUCAGGAUUCGCUCCUGCUUGCAAACUGAAGCACCAUUAUCCUCCAGCACACUGUCGUGGCCAAGCUUGUCAGACCCGCACUAAAAUACGGCACAUCUGGGUAUCUCGGGGAGCCCCUCCAGACUGCGCGUGUUUUUUUUUUUUGUUGUUUUUUUUUGUCUGACUCUUUAAAAUGACACACAUCUGAAUAGCACAUUUCGAAAUUGGAGUCAAAGACAGAGCACUAUAUAUUAUAAACCAAACCAUGAUGGUGGGUGUGGCUUUAAAAGGCCUAGCCAAUCCCUUAUUUACCAUCAGCUCCAAACAAUAGAACUGGGUGAAAUGAAGGAAGAAAGUCAUUCUGAGUAAGGACUAAUCUUCCUCACAACCUCACAGUCCUCCUCGGUGACCGUGCUAUGUAUCUACGCUUUUAAAUCCAGUUGUCUGUCCGUGUUGAAUGUGAUCCCUGCCUCACUCACUCGUGUUUACCUUAUUUCUUUAUGUAGUCACACACUGUGCUUUAAGAAUGCUAAGUGCUCGUUUGGGUGUCUAUAUUUAGUAAUGCAUUAUUAAUAGGCAGUGUGAAAAACAUAUUACACAGUCUUGGCACACGGUUCUCGUAGAACACCGAGAGGCCGGGCACGCUGAAGGAUUCUGUCCUGUGGAUUGUGACAACCCUUAUUCACACGGUCGGUUGGUUUAAUGAGCUAGCUUGUUUAACCGGCCGAGAUCAUGGGCACACAAAGGCCACGAUUUGGCCUUUUAAUUGAUUUUAAUUGAAGCAGUGAAAUGUUAAUGCGUUAAACCUGGCGAUGAGUUGGCCCAACGUGGCUCCCACAUUUCUCCUUCCGUUUCAGCAUCGAUAAGGUCUCAAAGGUGGCCUCCCCAGUCCUCGUCAUACACGGCACGGAGGACGAGGUCAUCGACUUCUCCCACGGCCUGGCCAUCUA